AUGUUUACGUCCAAGAAACCAGACGCUGAAUACAAACGUCUUACCGAAGGCGAUGAUUCAGAUGCAGGAGAAAAUGGGCAAUCACAGACAAACAAGCGCCUGAGUCUUCUAGAACAGUCAUUUAGAAGAUUCAGCGUUAUUCAUGCUUCGAUCCUUCUGCUAGAAGUGAUUCUUUGUGCUCUCCUUGUCUUCGGCUUCGUUGCGUUGGAUCAGACAAGGCGGACACUCGGAUCAAAAUUCUCUCUUGAUGGCUUGUCACAACUUGGAUCGUAUAAUACUUCCGUGAGAUUUCAGAAUGGUUCCAAACAUAUGGCUGACUCUCAAGAUGCCGAUGAAUAUUGGAGAGAUCUUCUCGGUAGCGGAGGAGUGAUAUCCUUGAAUACAGAAUGGGCUCGAAGCCAAGGCCUGAGGCCGUCAGCCCAAUCACCAACAGAUCCUUCCCAGAGCAUUUAUCAAGUGGACGUGUUCCAUGCGCUUCACUGCUUGAACUCCAUCCGCCAAAACCUCAUGUCCGAGACGCCUCCUCCAUGGGAUGAGACACACAUGCUUCACUGUCUUGACUAUGUUCGCUCUCAACUACUUUGCCAUCCUGACCUGACACUUGUCACUACCAACGAUUUGGAGGAAUUUGUACUUGAUGAAGUACAUACAUGCCGUGACUAUAGUGCAAUGGUCGACUGGGUACAUAGACAUCGAUGGGUUGAAUUCCCAGAAUGGCUAAAGACGAAGAACGCGAAGAACCACGGCCACGAGGCAGCUCAUAAUCACUCGACGGCCGAGAAACUCAGGUCAUGA